AUGGCGUCCUAUACACUCCUCUCCGGGGCUCUCCUUCUACUGCUAGCGGUCCGGGGGCCGCUAGCCACUCGGCUGGAGCCCUAUGACUAUCUAUACGACAACGGAGUGGAGGCGUACUACCGCAGCGACUGGCACUCCGUCAUCCUGAAUAUGGAGAAGGCGCUGCACAACCGGGAGCUCCUCCGGCGCCACCGUAUCGGCUGCCCCCUGCACUGCGCCUCCAGCAGCGACUUCUCGGAGCAGCCCCAGUCAUGGGGGGCCGGGCAGGACCUGAUCUUCUUCCAGGGGCUGCUGGAGCGGGCCGCCUGCAUCAGACGUUGCGAGCUGGAAAAGAUCGGAGCCCCUUCCAGCGAUUAUAUGAUCGGCGAGGAGCUGGACCUGGAGUUCAGGAAGAGGAGUCCCUACAACUAUCUCCAAGUAGCCUACUUCAAGAUCCACAAACUCGAUAAGGCCGUGGCGGCAGCUCACACCUUUUACGUGGGAAACCCCGAUCACAUGGAGAUGCGUCAGAACUUGGAGUAUUACAAAAUGAUGGCCGGCGUGUCAGAAUCCGACUUCAAAGACUUGGAAGCCAAGCCGCAUAUGUUGGAGUUCCGCAAGGGAGUCGGCUAUUACACAGACGAGGAGUCCGCCGUUUCCAUUGUCCACUUUGAAAAAGCCUUGGAGGAAUAUUUUGUUGCGGACCUUGAAUGUCGCAGUCUUUGUGAAGGACCCUACGACUAUGACGGUUACAACUACCUGGAUUACAAUGCGGAUUUGUUCCAAAGUAUUACUGAUCAUUAUGUACAGGGAAUGAGCUGCAGACAAGCUUGUGUCUCUGAACUGGCCACCCAGGCCGGCAGAGAAAUGCCCAUCGAAGAUUUCCUCCCAUCGCACUUCAAUUACCUACAGUUCGCCUACUACAGCACUGAGAAUUACACCAAAGCGAUUGAAUGCACCAAAACCUACCUGUUGUUCCAUCCUGCGGAUGAGGUUAUGAAUCAGAAUUUGGUUUACUACGCCACGGUUCUGGGGGAGGAACAAGCGGGUCUAAUUCAACCUAGAGAAAAUAUUAAGAAGUACAUGCAACGAAGUCUGCUGGAGAAGGAGCUGCUGUUUUUUGCUUACGAUUCCUUUGGAAUUCCCUUUGUUGAUCCUGACACAUGGACACCAGAAUAUGUAAUCCCCAAGAGGCUGCGAGAAAAACAAAAGGUGGAGCGUGAGACAGCGGCGAGAAUAUCCGAGGAGAUUGGAAACUUGAUGAAAGAGAUUGAAAAUAUGGUGGAGGAGAAAACCAAGGAGUCCAUGGACAUGAACCGAAGUGUCAGAGAAGGCGGUCCAGUUCUGUUUGAUGAAGUCAGCGUUGUGAUGAAUUCCCAGAUUCUGAACGGAUCCCAGAGGGUGGUGACCGAUGGGGUCAUCUCUGAAGACGAAUGUCGGGAACUCUUACGGCUCACCAAUGCUGCAGCCUCCACUGGUGAUGGCUACCGAGGUACAACCUCCCCUCACACUCCCAAUGAGAAGUUCUCUGGGGUAACCGUGUAUAAAGCUCUAAAGCUGGGGCAAGAGGGGAAAGUGCCAUUGAAGAGUGCGCACCUUUACUAUAACGUUACGGACAAAGUGAGGCGAUUGGUGGAGUCGUACUUCCGCCUGGAAAACCCUCUGUACUUUUCCUACUCUCAUCUAGUGUGCCGGACAGCAAUUGAAGAGAAACAAGUAGACCGAAAAGAUCUGAGCCAUCCUGUCCAUGUUGAUAACUGCAUUUUAAAUGCCGAAGCAAUGAUGUGUAUAAAGGAGCACCCCGCAUAUACUUUCCGAGAUUACAGUGCCAUACUGUAUUUAAAUGGAGACUUUGAGGGAGGAGACUUCUACUUCACGGAGCUGGAUGCCAAAACAGUCACAGCUGAAGUCAGGCCGCAGUGUGGGCGGAUGGUGGGGUUCUCAUCAGGAGCAGAGAACCCACAUGGAGUAAAAGCAGUCACCAAGGGGCAGAGGUGUGCUGUGGCGUUGUGGUUUACAUUGGACCCCAGGCAUAAUGAAAGGGAAAGGGUCCAAGCCGAUGACUUGAUAAAGAUGCUUUUCAACACAGAAGACAUUGACAUAUUCCCAAGAAAUGAAUUCAAAAAAACAUCAGAAAUAAUAUCUUCAGAAGGUGGUAACACGAAGCAGGCCACUUCUUCUGAUAGCCCUGUGGACUCUAAGGCACCAGAACCUCCAAAGGCUCCAGACUCUGAUGCUUCCAAGGAAGGUGUCCUAGCACAACCAUUGGACACUGUGAACACAAAGACGGAAUUAUAACAGUAACACGGACAUUGACCUGCAGAAUGCUGCCUGGCCGGAAUCUGUGAAUCAGGGACCCAUUUCCACAGAUCAUUUCCUCGAGGGAACAAACUGCCAUUACGGUAUAAAUUUUAGGGUUUUCCAAAAUAUUUAAGUGUUACGUUAAGGCAAUCCUACUAUUCUUGAGCUCCCCGUGAUCAGUCUGCCAGAAUGUGCUCAUGAAAUAGGCCUCAGCCACUUGAACAAAGGUUUAUUAUAGAACAUUUCUGCUGUGGACUGUACAACAGAAGCCAAAAAGUAUUUUUCAUAAGAGGA